GAGCUCCAAGCACCCAAGUGCAUUUGGUACAAAAUUUCCCACAAUCCAAACAGGGAUUUUCUGCUAGGGAAAAUGGAUUUCUCGGAGCAAGACGUGGACAACUUCGGAGGAGAUGGAGCCCGCCAAUCGUCAUCAUCGUCGUCGUCGUCUUCCUCUUCAUCAAGAUCUUCGUCCAACGGCAGCGACGGCGGCGAGACCAGCAGCGCCGGCAGUGGCAGCGGCAGCGCAAGCGCAAGCGCAAGCAGCAGCGAAGGAGAAGAUAACGGCGAAGAAGUGGACAAGAGGACUCAUGGGUACGAGGAGAGAGAUCUCUUUGGCUCUGAUAGUGAUGAGAAGGAUCUGUUUGGCUCUGAUAAUGAAGAUUACUGCAAAACCCUAGCUAUUAGCCCUUAUCCGGUUCCAGUUUUGCCCGCCAUUCGUAAUAAUAACAACCAAAAUAGAGGCGGUUUUGGGCGUGGUAGAUGGCAAAAUGAUAGAGGAGCGGGAAUUCUUCCUCGACCUGGACCUUAUCCUCAGAGGCAUAACUAUGGUUAUGGCUCAAAGUUUAAUAACCGACAUGAUGAACGUUUUGUUUCUGAACUAAAGCUUUCAAAGAGUGAAGAAACAUUGUCAAGAAAAUGCAUUGCAUUUCAAGAGCCAUGCGAACUUGCUUGCUAUAGUCGUGUAGAAGGUGGAGAUGUCUGCUUUGAUGACCGCAGCUUGCGACUUUUUAAGCGUCUUAUUACUGAAGAUGUUGGAGCUGAUCUCAAUGAAGGUUAUGAUACUUUUAUCGAGAAAAAAGAUUUGGGUUCUGAGGGUUUUGGUGACCUUCUGGCUGCUAUCAGAAACAGAAACAUCCCACUUGGAAAUAUUCAUUUUGUGACUUUCCGUAACAACCUGAAUAAGAUACUGGCUACUGCUUAUAUCAGGCAUGAGCCAUGGGAAAUGGGGGUGCAUAAAAGGAAUGGAGUUGUGUAUCUUGAUGUGCAUAAACUACCAGAAAGACCACAAAGUGACUUGGAUCGUCGGAGAUGUUAUUGGGGAUACUGUUUUGAGAGCCUUGCCACUGAAGAUCCAAGAAGAGCUGAUGGAGAAGGGAUACACCAUAUUGAUGCCAAUGCCGAAUAUUGUUCUGUGAUUAAGACCAAAUUAGGGGCUCAUCGGAUUUUGAUGGGUGCUGAAAUGGAUUGCUGUGAUUCAACUGAUGAUGGAAGAAGGUUCUAUGUAGAGUUAAAGACAAGUCGUGAGCUGGACUAUCAUACUGAGGAAAGAUAUGAGAGGGAGAAACUGCUAAAAUUUUGGAUCCAGUCAUUCUUAGCAGGUGUCCCCUAUAUUGUCAUUGGAUUUAGGGAUGAUGGGGGUCGACUUGUCCGCACAGAGAGACUAAGAACCAAAGACAUAACACAAAGAGUAAAAAUGAAGAACUACUGGCAGGGAGGAGUUUGCCUUGCAUUUGCUGACGAGGUGUUAUGCUGGCUCUAUGGAACAGUCAAAGAGAAUGAAGACUACAUAUUGCAGUUUGCUCCGCCUUUCACCCGAUUAGAGCUUCUACAGGCCCAAUCAUGCCCAGAUGCAAUUAGCAACCAUGUCCAGCAAUUGUAGACCUUGGGAGGGUUUUUGGUAUACUUAACGAGUAUAAAGAGGGGUGGGGAGAUGGGGUUUCAGAUAAUUGACUUAGAUUAUUUUAAGGAAAGAAAAAUUGGCUUGAAUGUUUACUUAUGUUGUGAAUCUUGGUAUACAAGAACAAUUGCUAUCAUUAUAUUACGAAUAUGAAGAGCUGCCCCCUCUCCCUUUUUUUGGCUUAGUUUGGCCACCCCCAAACGGGAGUCCCUUGUAUAUCAGUUUUCCAGUGACAUGUUUGACCCAUGUAAAGUUGAUUAAUGAAAAAUAUAAAUCUCAGUAUCUCACUUA